GUUGUCAUUCUGAAGUUAAUUUUGUGAAAAAAGUAAAAAUUGUUGCAGAUUUCAACGAUAGUCGCUAAUUGUAGAAAAUAUAUUGUAAAUAAAAAAUGUCUGUACGCGUUAUUAAUGAUGAAGCACAUUUCCAAACUGAACUGGCUGCUGCUGGUAUACGUUUGGUGGUGGUAGAUUUUACAGCCACUUGGUGUGGACCUUGCCAACGUAUUGCACCACAGUUUGAAUUGUUGCCUGCUAAAUAUCCUAAAGCCAUAUUCCUGAAGGUUGAUGUAGAUAAAUGUCAGGAUACUGCCUCCAGUCAAGGCGUUUCGGCUAUGCCUACAUUUAUUUUCUAUAGAAAUAGGACCAAGAUUGAUCGCAUUCAAGGAGCAGAUAUUAAUGCCUUAGAAGCCAAAGUCCAGGAACACAUAGGUACCAGUGGUGGUGAUGAAACCUUUGAGGAUUAUGGACAAGGAUUGAUGGAAAUAAAUACAUUUAUUUCCAAACAAGAAUGUGAAUGCCUCAACGAAGCGGAUGACCAUCCUAUGAGCCAUUGUUUGACAUCAAAUGGUGGAUUUUUACAAUCGGAUUGUGACGAACAGUUGAUUUUAUCCAUCACAUUUAAUCAAUUGGUUAAAAUACAUUCAUUAAAAUUCAAAGCUCCUGCACAAUUGGGACCAAAAGAAAUAAAAAUUUUCAUCAAUCAACCCAGAACUAUUGAUUUCGAUCAAGCAGAAUCCAUGACAAGUGUGCAAGAUUUGACGUUGGAUGCAAAGGAUUUGGACAAAGGGACUCCCGUACAAUUGCGUUUUGUUAAAUUCCAAAGCGUACAAAAUAUACAGAUUUAUGUGAGAAACAAUCAAUCGGGUGGUGAAGUUACACAAGUGGAUUAUUUGGGUUUCAUUGGUUCUCCACUUAUGACCACCAAAAUGAAUGAUUUUAAACGUGUUGCUGGCAAAAAAGGAGAGAGUCAUUAAAUUUUCUUAAACACAUUUAAACCAGACAAGCAUAUUGAUAAUAAAAAGAAAAUAUAAUUUAAAAAUAAAUAAAACAAAAA